AUGUUUUUAAAACCUUGUCGGUACAUCUUUCUAUCUUUCUAUUUUUCUUUCUAUCUUUCUAUCUAUCUAUCUAUCUAUCUAUCUAUCUAUCUAUCUAUCUCUGUUCUUUCUAACUUUCUAUCUCUUUUCUUUCUAUCUAUAUUUCUAUCUAUCUUUCUAUCUAUCUUUUCUUUCUAUCUACCUUUCUUUCUAACUAUCUUUUCUUUCUAUCUUUCUAACUAUCUAUCUUUCUAUCUAUUAUUAUCCUUUUUCCUUCUUUCUUUCUUUCUUUCUUUCUAUAUUUCUUUCUUUCUAUCUAUCUAUCUAUCUAUCUCUUUUCUUUCUAUCUAUAUUUCUAUCUAUCUUUCUAUCUAUCUUUUCUUUCUAUCUACCUUUCUUUCUAUCUUUUCUUUCUAUCUUUCUAACUAUCUAUCUUUCUAUCUACUAUUAUCCUAUCUAUCUAUCUAUCUAUCUAUCUAUCUAUCUAUCUAUCUAUCUAUCUAUCUAUCUAUCUAUCUAUCUCUUUUCUUUCUAUCCUUCUAUCUCUUUUCUUCCUGUCUAUAUUUCUAUCUAUAUUUCUAUCUACCUUUCUUUCUAUCUAUCUUUUCUUUCUAUCUUUCUCUGUAUCUAUCUUUCUAUCUAUUAUUAUUCUUUUUCCUUCCUUCUUUCAUUCUUUCUUUUUUUCUAUCUAUCUGUCUAUCUAUCUAUCUGUCUUUCUACCUAUAUCUUUCUAUCUAUCUUUCCAUCUUUCUUUCUAUCUAUCUAUCUAUCUAUCUAUCUAUCUAUCUAUCUAUCUCUUUUCUUUCUAUCUUUCUAUCUAUAUUUUUAUCUAUCUUUCUACCUAUCUUUUCUUUCUAUCUAUCUUUCUUUCUAUUUAUCUUUUUCUAUCUAUCUUUUCUUUCUAUCUAUCUAUCUUUUCUUUCUUUCUAUCUUUUCUUUCUUUCUAUCUUUUCUUUCUUUCUAUCUUUUAUUCUUUUCUUUCUUUCUAUCUUUCUAUCUCUCUAUCUUUUUUUUCUAUCUCCCCCUCUUAUAUCUAUCUAUCUUUCCGUCUAUCUAUCUUUCUGUCUAUCUUUCUUACGUUUUAUAUUACUCUGA